AUGAGCUCUGGCUUUCCACCCGCCGGUGACCAGCGAGAGUCGUCCUCUCGGGAGUUUGGAACUGUAUGGCAUCCGGCAAGGGAGUGGCUUGAGCAAGGCGAAAAUGAUGAUGAACAGGAUUUGGACUACGAACCGUGGGGAGAUAUGGACGACGAAAUGGACGAGGAGAUAACGUCGGAGCAUGCGGAGGCAGAAUAUCAAGCAUACCUGGAUUUUACAGGCGACCCUGAACUAAGAAAUAUCGACAUCGAAUUCACUUUGGAUGGUCGCGACUCCGAAGAAGAAGACGAAGAGUACCCAGUUGAACGAGUUUCUGCUGCUCGGAUAGUCAACGUUAUGAGUUACCACGGCCUACGACCUCUUAUGCGUCAUAGUCGUAUAAGCGACGAGGACGAUGAUGACGGGUCUGGAUACUUUGUCUAUGGGAGACCGCGGCGACCAAGACAAGAUCGAUUCCCCAAAGUCCCAAGUGAGGCGGGGAGGGACCUCAUGGGAUCUGGUGAUUUUGGAAGCAAUUCACACUACGUUGAUGAACUGAAGAAGCGGAAAAGGGCACUCACGACUAAGUUGAUGUGGCGAGAGUUGGGGAUUGAUGUCAAUGGGGCGCGAAGAAGGGCAACACAGUCAAUAUUUCAGGAUUUGAUUCCUCGUUCCGUAGCAGAUAAAAUCAUCCACUACGACUCUCGAUGCUAUUCAGGCCAAUUCUCAGAUGACGGGAACUUUUUUUACUCUUGUGCCCAAAACUUCAAGGUUCGGAUGUAUGACACAUCCAAUCCUCAUGAUUGGAAAUACUACAAAACCGUGGAAUAUCCAUUCGGCCAAUGGACCAUAACGGAUGCCACUUUAAGUCCGGACAACAGGCUUUUAGCAUACAGCUCGAUCCGGAACCUCGUAUGCCUUUCGUCUACAGAUCCAGCAGAUCAGUCUGAUCCAACCAUACUCGAUUUAUCCAAUCUACCUGGGGCUAGAAGCGAACGAGAAAUUUAUGGAAGUUCGCACUUUGGUAUCUGGUCGCUCCGAUUUUCGGGUGAUGGACGUGAAAUAGUCGCUGGUACAUCUCACAAAACGGUCGUCGUUUACGACAUUGAGGCACGGAAGUGCGUCCUACGGUUACCCAACCAUGAGGAAGACGUUAACGCUGUCUGCUUCGGGGACAAAUCGUCACCUCACAUUCUCUAUUCGGGAUCUGAUGAUACCACAUUACGUGUAUGGGAUCGCCGCUCGAUGGGCGACGGCCGUGAAGCAGGAGUCUUUAUGGGUCAUAUCGAGGGCCUAACCUACGUUGACAGCAAAGGUGAUGGCCGAUAUGUCCUGUCUAACUCCAAGGACCAAACGAUGAAGCUCUGGGAUCUGCGAAAGAUGAUGACCACCGCCAAGUUUGACACUAUCGACGCCAAAAGCUACACUACCGGGUUCGAUUAUCGUUUCGAACCAUAUCCAGACGAGUACUACGAACCUCAUCCUCAUGAUUGCUCUGUCGUGACAUUCCGCGGUCACCGCGUACUAAAAACGCUUAUACGAUGUCAUUUUUCGCCUCCUGGAAGCACAAACUCGAGAUAUGUAUAUACGGGAAGUGAAGAUGGCAAGGUCUAUGUGUACAAUCUGGACGCAACACUCGUGGGGACGAUAGACGUCGGCAUGGCCACACUUAAUUCACGGCCGCGCGACCCCGAUCUUUUGAUGAAUGCUUAUGACUUCGGACUUAGAAGCGGCGAGUUGCUCUGGCGGACAUGCGUCCGUGACGCGAGUUGGCAUCCAAGUGCCCCUGUUCUUGCAGCGACGUCAUGGAACGGGUGGGGCUUAUCGUCUGGAACUUGUACGCUGCACUCGUGGAAUGACUGCCCUACUGAAGAUGAAGGCAACCCUCCUGUUGGCUUGAGCUAUGAUGCUAGACUGGACGAGGAGCCCGAUUUCAACCAUUAUAAGCAGACCAUGCAAGCGUAUCGACGUGGAGGGCCUCUUCCAAGAAUGAGGCACCGGUUUAUUAGCUCCGAUGAAGACGAGGACGAGGACGAAAAUGAAGAUGAGUUCGAAUGA